AUGGUUGGCCUAGGGCCGAGUGAUCAAGGACGUGAUUCCUUUGAUGUGUGUAUGGUGGCACGUGAAAUUACACCGAGUGCGGUCGGCCGUGAGAGCACCGCACUGAAUGUCGGUAAUGACAUUUUUGGCCAUAUGCCAUUUAGUGUGGGCGGCCGUGAGGGCACCACGCUUAACGCCGGUAAUGGCGUUGUUGGCGAUUCGCCAUAUGGUGUGGGCGGCCGUGAGGGCACCACACCUAAUGUCAGUAAUGAUAUUGUUGGCGAUACGCCGUAUAGAGUGGACGGCCGUGAGGGCACCACGCUUAACGCCGGUAAUGGCGUUGUUGGCGAUACGCCGUAUAGUGUGGGCGGCCGUAAGGGCACCACACCUAAUGUCAGUAAUGACACUGUUGGCGAUACGCCGUAUAGUGUGGACGGCCGUGAGGGCACCACACCUAAUGUCGGUCAAGACAAAAGCUCUCGUGUAGAGCGUACUAUGGUUGGUAGUAACCAUGGGGACAAUAUUGUCCCGACCCCUAAGGGGAGUAAGGUCUCGAAGAGACAAUCGAGACGCCGAGUAGCAGCUGUAAAGCGCCAGGCGUCCUCACAGUCACAUAGUGAGAUUAGCAAUACACUAUAUACACUUGUUAAUGGAGUGACUGGUCAGGUUAAUGGCAACGUGAGCCUCGAAACCCUUCCAUCUGUGGACGCUCUGUGUGAGCUAGACGAAAUGUCUGAUGGCGAGUUUAGCCAGGCCUUGAAGGCAGGAGAGUUAUCCGAGUUAGCAAUUAUUAGACCUGAUACUGACUUAAAUUCUUCCUCGUUAAUGGAUGAGUCUGUCCUAGAGGAUACAAAGGCGGCACUUAGUGCACGAAGUGGAUCUUCGAUCCUUAAAGAUCCUUUGGAUCCGUUCUUUUCUUUAGUCAAGGAAUUUCAAGAUGUGGUGUGUCACAACCCACCUUCUGCCUUACCUCCAGAUAGAGGUGUACGUCAUGAGAUUGACUUGGUUCCUGAACCUAAAUACUGUGUAACACGGCAGUGGCCUUUGCCUAAAGAACAGUGCGACGUCAUUGACGAUUUCUUUCGUGCUAAGCACGCGGCUGGAAUGGUUCGUGAGAGUAAAUCUCCCUAUUCAACACCGACAUUUUGUGUCAAAAAGCCAAAUGGCAAGUGGCGUAUUGUGCAUGCUUACAAUAAGCUUAAUGCAGCCACUAUACCGGCGCAGACGCCUAUUCCUAGAAAGGUUGUUCUUCAGAACAAUAUGGCGGGAUGUACACUGUACAGUGCACUCGACUUAGUCGAUGGUUAUUACCAACUGCUCAUGCGAGCAAGCGAUAUUCCGCUAACAGCGGUGAGUACUCCGAGCGGUAUGCUUUGGGAGUGGCUCGUUAUGCCGCAAGGGCUAUCUAACGCCCCGGCUACAUUUAACCGGUUGGUAACGCAACUAUUCAGACCUCAUCGAGGCUAUGCACAAACGUACUUUGAUGACAUUUUUGUCCAUAGUCGUGCAAUGAAUGGGCGAUCAGAUGUGGAUAACCACAUUGAUCAUUUACGAGCGGUGCUCGAGUGCAUGCGAACGAAUAAGCUGUAUGCGAACGCAUCGAAGUGCAUCUUUGGUGCAGAAGAGAUUCCCUUUCUAGGGUGCUUCAUUGGGAAGCGAGGCCUUCGAGCGGAUCCCGCUAAGGUAAAAGCCAUAGUCGAUUGGCCAGUCCCCAAGAACCAAAAGGACUUGCGUAAGUGGCUUGGCCUUGCCAAUUACUUACAUAAGUACAGUGCAAAUUACGCAGAUAUGGCUCGGCCAUUGUCCAAUCUCCUUAAAAAGGAUGUGGGUUGGUGUUGGGGUAACACCGAACAUAAUGAUUUUGAAGCAGUUAAGGAGAGUCUCCUUCAUGCGCCAAUAUUGGCUUUGCCCGAUUCUGGUCGGCCUUUCAGUGUCGUCUGUGACGCAUCUGACUUUGCCAUAGGCAGUGCUCUGUUACAAACAGAUGUCGACGGACGCGAACGCGUCAUCGCAUUUGAAUCUCGACAGCUGAAAGCUGCUGAUAAGAACUAUCCUGUUCAUGACAAAGAGCUACUUGCUAUGAAGUACGCUCUUGUCAAAUUCAGAGUCCAUCUGCUUGGCUCGAAGCCAUUUGUGAUCUAUACCGAUCAUGCGUCAUUGCGCACUGCGACACAGUCGUCUCACCUCUCACAGAGAAUGGCUCGUUGGCUUUCUUUCUUUGCCGAAUAUAACUUCGAGGUGAAGUACAAGCCAGGUAAGCAAAACGCUUUGGCUGAUGCGCUAUCGCGUCGACCUGACUAUGAGCUUGCUCAUGUUACGACCCUGUCGUCGUCAGUCCCUGACUUAAUUCGUGCGGCAUAUGCCAAGGACGAUCAGUGUGUAGCUUUGCUACGUGCUCUUGGGAGCAAUGAGUUUAAAGACUCGGACAUAGAAUUGUCGGCACGUUUACGUGCGAGGCUACAUCGAUAUUCCAUUGAUAAUGGCCUGUUGUGCUAUCGCACGGAUAUUGAGGACAACCCUCGUAUUGCUGUGCCUCAUGAUGAGGAGUUAAUGUAUCGAAUCCUCUAUGAGGCACAUGAUACUGCUUUAAGUGGUCAUCUCGGUCGUGAGAAGACUUAUAGCUCGGUGAGCCAAAGUUAUUGGUGGCCCAAACUUUAUAAGUGGGUGCGCACCUAUGUGCGUACGUGCGAAACGUGUCAACGGGUAAAACCCUCGGCAUAUGCGGCGGCGCCGCUGGCUAGUUUGCCGGUACCCAGUGGUUGUUGGGAGUCCAUGAGCAUGGAUUUUGUGUUUGGCCUACCGAAAGAUUCGGAAGGCAACACUGGUAUUGUGGUCUUUGUUGACCGAUUGAGCAAGAUGGCUCACUUAGCGGCUGUGCCGGAUAGCAUUGAUGCUGAAGGUACAGCAAAGCUGUUUAUCGACCGUGUCUUUCGCCAACAUGGCUUGCCGGUGGCAAUUAUCUCUGAUAGAGACCCCCGCUUCACUGGGAAGUUUUGGAAGUCUAUCUUCAAGGUGCUUGGCACUCAGUUGGACAUGUCCACAGCGAAUCAUCCGCAGACCGACGGUCAAACUGAGCGUGUAAACCGCGUCAUCAACGACAUUUUGCGCAGUUUUUGCGCUGAUACACCUAGGCGUUGGAGCUCAAUGCUCCCUGUUGUUGAGUUUGCGUUGAAUAACGCUGUUCAUGCCUCAACAGGCUUUACUCCGUUCUAUAUAAACGGUCUCACUCACCCUCGCGUUCCGUUAACGCUAUCACUACAUGAAUCAGGGCUUGGUGGGGGAGAGGUUGCCGAUCGGCUUGCUGAUAUCAGUCCUGCUACUGUUCAAAAACAGGUAAGCGAGUUUCUCGCAACGCGAUUAAAUGUCUUAAGACAUGUGCGUGACGCAAUGGCUGACAGCCAAAAUAACCAAAAACAACAAGCUGAUGCCAAAGGCAGAAAUUGUAUUGAACGUUAUGAGGUCGGAGACCAAGUACUACUCAAUGCUAAAAAUCUACCUACAAAUGUAGUGUCUGCUGUCUUUAAGACAAAGUUGCGUCCACGCUUUAUUGAACCGUUUACGGUCACGGCCAAGAAGGGACUUGCGUAUACGCUAAACCUCCCGCGCAAAUUGCGCACACAUCCAGUGUUCUACGUAGGCUUACUUAAGCCGUACCGGGAUCCUUCCCAUGUGAACUUGGAGGCGCUUGCGCCGACGACAAGGGCACUGCCCCGGAUUGCUGUAGACGAAUCAGCAAGUCCAACUUAG